AUGGCCGGCGUGAAGGAGGAGGACUCGAUUCCCCGUGCGCUAGUGUCAUCUAAGACCGAGGCUCACCCUGAUGGCUGUGUGAACAAGGAUGACGAAGACAUGUCGGAGCUGGUUGCGCUUCUUCAGCACAGCCGUUCACAGAGAUUUCCUCCACCGUCCUUUGCGCUCGCCCCCGCGGUGCCGCUGCCCCUGUGGCAGCGUGUAACCCUCUCUUCCCUGCAGUCGCAUGAGGCAGCGCUUUUAUCGCAGCGCAAGUGCAAGCACAUUCGCCAAUCCCUCAGCCGAGACCUCAUCCGUUACCACGUGGAGCUGCAAGAGCGCGCGGAGAAGCAGCGCCGACAGGAACGCGAAGCGCGAGCACGCGCUGGCGAGCGCGUUGCAGUCGGUGUGCGCCGGUACUGGUCGAGGCGCGGCGACGCCUACCAGCAGCUGGCAAAAGUCGAGUUCGAUGUGAUGAAACACCAGCACGACCGCCGCAAACAGGAGGACUUACUGCGCGAGACGGAGGAACUGACACGCAAGCUGCUCGAGAGCAUCUUUAGCGCCGCCCGCAAACAACCGACUACGGCAUCUGCAACAUCCGUGGCAGAUCGCAUGAGCACUUGCAGCCCUAGCGGAAUGAACCACUGCACUCUGAAUGCCUCUCAGCUAGAUAGUACGCUACCGUUGUUGCCGGCAACCGCACCGGCACACGCGUCCUUCUGGAAUAAGGUCGGCGACGACGACGAGGCCCCGAUCGAGGCAGCGCUUUCGCUGCUGGACACGGAGGGCGGGCACCGACCACUGCGGCACUAUCAGCGCUCCGCCUUACGGUGGAUGGUUCACCUGUACGAGAACAACCUCAACGGCAUCCUCGCUGACGAGAUGGGGUUGGGCAAAACAGUGCAGACGAUUGCGCUCCUCUGCUACUUCGCUGAGUACCGAAACGACUGGGGGCCGCACCUGAUUGUGGUGCCGACAACUGUCGUGCUGAACUGGAAGGCAGAACUAGAGCGGUGGGCACCGGGGCUCAAAGUACUCACUUACAUCGGGUCCACUAAAGAGCGCCAGCAGCUGCGCAAAGGGUGGACCAGCGAGGACGCUUUUCACGUAUGCGUAACCUCGUAUAACUUGGUGGUGCAGGACCGAAAGGCGUUCCGACGCCGUCCGUGGGGGUUUCUCGUUCUCGACGAAGCGCAUCACGUCAAGAACUUUAUGAGCCUAAAGUGGCAAUCACUCUUCGAUCUGCAGGCAGAAUACCGUCUACUGCUAACAGGGACUCCUCUGCAAAACUCGAUCAUGGAGCUCUGGUCUCUCUUCCAUUUCUUGCUCCCCUUCGCCUCUGCCUUUCGCUCAAAUGUAGAGUUCAAGGAGUGGUUCAGCAAUCCAAUGGAUGAGAUGAUAACGGGGCGGUCAACGCUGAACGAGGACAUUGUGCGGCGUCUGCAGGCCCUCAUUCGACCAUUCAUGCUGCGUCGGCUCAAGAAGGACGUUGAGACGCAACUACCUACCAAGACGGAGAAGGUUGUACUCUGCCACCUGUCACGCCGGCAGCGUUCCCUGUACGACGACUACAUGCAACUUGCCGAAACACGGCAAAAGUUGAGCCGUGGAGGCGGCCCUGGCGGCGUACUGAGUGUGCUGCUGGCGCUGCGGAAGGUAUGCGAUCACCCAGACCUCUUCGAGGAGCGUCCCACCACUUCCCCGCUGAUCCUCAGCUACGACGCCGUUGUGGGACUGCACGUACCUCGUGAGGUACUCCUCCUCGACAAUGAUGACCGAGGCAGAUGGCACUUUCCGUCCUUCUACAUGUUUGACGUAAACGACGAUGGCGGUAGGGCGAAGAGCACGCAUGAACGGACGGAGAAAGUGACAGACGUGGACUGGGUCCUCAGGGACAUGCAGUCCCUGCAAGGCGCGUUCUUCUCUGGCACCGGAGCCGCCGCGCCAUGGUGGCUCGUUCUCACUGAGGUAGAGCGGCAUGAUGCGCCGACCGCGGAUGCGAUGACGUCAUUUGCGAGGCGUUUCAGCCCUGCCUUUUUUGAAGCAUCGACAAAGCGUCCGCGCGAAUACACCCCGAAUGUGUCUCAGCUGCGUGACUGUAGCGCUGCCUUGAGAGCGGCUUUUGCUAGCGUAUUGGUACAGGCCAGACAGCAAAGUCGUUCUCGACACCAGAAAACCACUGCCGCGCAAUACCAACGCUACUGCGCUAUUCAGACUGCGCGGAACACGUAUGUGCCACCCACAUGUCGGCUGACGCUUCGGCAAACCAUCAUAGCACAGCGGCACCCGUGCCUCUGCCCCUCCAUUGCUGUGCGCGCUGCCGCCCUGCUUCCUUUGCUCAAACGUGUGUGUGUGUAUGUCCCGGCGGUGUUGGCGGCGCAUCCGCCGAGGCUACACUGGUCGCUUCCGAUUGCACAUGCCCACCCCUUCGAGACGCUCGGGCGGGAGGGGUGCGCGGCGCUGAUCGGCGCCGUCGCCAAGGCUCAGGAUACCGCACAGUGUGGCCGCGUGGCGCCUCGGCGGCUAUACGAUGCCGCCUUCUUCAUGCAGGAAAUGUGGCCCAUACAGGUGCGGCGCAGCUUCAGCUUCCCCGACAAGCGCCUCCUCAUCCACGACUGCGGCAAACUGCAGUUUCUUGAAACAGCGCUGAAGAAGAUGCGGCACGACGGGCACCGGGUACUCAUUUUCACUCAAUUUGUGAAUAUGCUGAACAUCCUGGAGCGCUUCCUUGCCUUGAUCGGGGUGGUGUACACGCGUCUGGAUGGCUCCACCAAGGCAGAGCUGCGGCAGCAGUACGUCGACCGUUUCAACGCCGACCCACGCAUCACCUGCAUGAUUCUCUCGACGCGCUCCGGCGGCAUUGGUCUCAACCUCACCGGCGCCGACACCGUUAUCUUCUACGACAGCGACUGGAAUCCCACCAUGGAUCUACAGGCACAGGACCGAUGCCACCGGAUCGGGCAGACUCGCCCAGUCACCAUCUACCGCCUCAUCAGCGAGCACACCGUCGAAGAGAGCAUCCUGGAGAAGGCGCGGGAGCGAAAGAAACUAAACAACGUCGUCAUUCGUGGCGGCCAAUUCCACACCAUUGCUGGCGUGAGCGAGGAGUAUGACGACAGCGCCGCCGCCUUUGCUGCGCUUUCGAACCCCGUGAACCUGCGCAGCUUCUUCCACGACCUAGACGAGGACGCCACGGUGGCAGGCGCGACCUCUGCGCCUCCCAACGUUGACAGCUACCGGGCGGAUACAGAAGCGUCGCCACUGGAUGUUCUGGAGGCGAUGGCAGACGUGGAGGAUGCGGAGGAUCGCACCGCUGGCCAGGAACUGCAGCGCGAGAUUGCUGCACAUGCUGCGGAGGAGGCGGAAGGAGAGAGCGACGAUGACGCCCAUGGGCCGUUUCGCCAGGGCGGCUGCUCGAACCGCUCUUGUGUUGGAGGGAAGGAACUUGAGCCGUUUGGUGCGUGCGUCUUCAGUAACGAUGCCAAGUGGCAGACGCGACUGCCGAACUCGUUUCUUGAUGCACUGUUGUGGUCACCGGCCAGCCUCGGCGGCAGUGGAGGCCUCGACGGAAACGAGGGCAGUGCGGUCGACUCAGCGUCAGCAACCCAAAGCUCCUCCGCCACUGCGCUUCUUCUCGCGGUACGCAAGCGACAGCGCGAGGUCGCUCUCAAGGCACACGCCCCUGUUGAUCAGUUUCUUGCAUUUCAGUACGGCCGCUGCCACCGAGCAGACGCCGAGGAAAGGUACAAGGCGUUGGUGCUGUCGUAUGGAGCGCAAAUGAGCGACACCGUCGGUGAAGGCUUCGACCCAGAGAAGGCGCGUAUAGGCGUAUUUCAGCCACGAUUCCGUGUGGAGUACCGCCUAGGCUCCUGA